ACAGCCUUAAGUAUCAAAUGCAACCACUCAGAAAGCUCAGUUCGAGACGAUACUAGCGGAACUAUCGUUGGCGAGGUUUAAACAAAAUUCUGUUCUUAAAGUGUCUGAAAAAUUUCUGAAAUAUUGUUAUUAAUACAAUGGCUCUGCAUAGUGUACCUCCAAAGAGAAAAGAGAUUUAUAAAUAUGAAGCUCCGUGGUCUUUAUACAGUAUGAACUGGUCCGUAAGACCCGACAAACGUUUCCGUUUGGCUCUUGGUAGUUUCGUAGAGGAGUAUAAUAACAAGGUACAAAUUGUAUCACUGGAUGAAGAGACUUCUGAAUUUAUUGCUAAAAGUACUUUCGAUCAUCCUUACCCAACAACAAAGAUUAUGUGGAUACCGGAUAGUAAAGGAUUAUUUCCUGAUCUGUUAGCAACCUCUGGAGAUUAUUUGAGAGUAUGGAGAGCCGUAGAACCAGAAACUCGUUUGGAAUGUGUUUUAAAUAAUAAUAAAAAUUCAGACUUUUGUGCUCCAUUAACUUCGUUCGAUUGGAACGAAGUUGAUCCAAAUUUAAUUGGUACUUCGAGCAUAGAUACGACUUGCACUAUUUGGGGAUUAGAAACGGGACAAGUUUUAGGCAGAGUAAACGUUGUUACUGGACACGUAAAAACACAAUUAAUAGCUCACGAUAAAGAAGUAUAUGACAUAGCAUUCAGUCGUGCUGGUGGAGGACGCGAUAUGUUUGCUUCGGUUGGUGCAGAUGGAUCUGUAAGAAUGUUUGACUUGAGACACUUGGAACACUCGACUAUCAUUUACGAAGAUCCACAGCAUACGCCGUUACUCAGACUCGCGUGGAAUAAGCAAGAUCCUAAUUAUCUUGCUACUAUUGCUAUGGAUGCAUGCGAAGUUAUAAUCUUAGAUGUUCGUGUUCCAUGCACGCCGGUCGCAAGAUUGAAUAAUCACAGAGCAAGCGUUAAUGGUAUUGCUUGGGCACCACAUUCUUCUUGUCAUAUCUGUACUGCGGCGGAUGAUCAUCAAGCAUUAAUUUGGGAUAUACAACAAAUGCCAAGAGCUAUAGAAGAUCCGAUUCUUGCGUAUACAGCAGCGGAAGGAGAAGUAAAUCAAAUUCAAUGGGGCGCUACGCAACCCGAUUGGAUUGCAAUUUGUUACAACAAAGCAGCAGAAAUUCUUAGAGUAUAAAAAUAUGACUUCGAGAGAUCUUUUUAUAUUUGUUCAAUUUUUAAAUUACCGUUUCAUUUUGAGUUUUCAUCUUAUCUUGCUGAACUGGAUGGAUAAAUCUUCCAUUUUCUUGCGAUUUUUAGUCACAUAUAUGUAUAUCUAUGCAUGGACAUACGCUACAUACAAAAAAAGAAACGUAUGUGCAUACAUUAUAUAUACGUAACUAUAUCGUACGAACAUUGUAUACAUAGUAUAUUGUAAAUAUGUAGUGUAAGAAUCUUUUUUUACAAUACGUUAGACUCUUUAAAGAAUCUUCAAAUGUGUGACUGUCAUUAAUAAUGUCCAGUCAAAAUAUCAAUUGAACAUUUUUACUUGUGCAAUUAAGGUUUAUUUAGUUGUACAAUGCUGUAUCUUGUUAUUUAUUGUAUAUAUGUCUAUAUAGUCCAAUGUACUUAUCAAUAUUAAUUAGCAUUUGAUGAUAGGAAAAAGUAUUUAUCUAUAGCAGUUUUUUUCGUCCUUCCAAGGAGAAAAAUUCUUGUAUAUCGUUAUAUAAAAUAUGAUUGCCAUUAUUUCGCAAUAUGUUUAUAAUAUAAUAUAUUAUUAAGUUAUUUAGCGCAUUUUUUAAAAUUAAGAAUUCAUAAUAAUUGACGAACCGUAGUUAUUCGACUACUUUUAAUAUCGUAUCGAUAAAAAAUUUAGCAAUUUGACAAUAUUUUUAACGUAUCAUUGACUAUCAUUAUUUUCUUCGCGAGCAUCAAUGUUUUAAUUAUUUGUGAUUAUUUAAAAGUAUUUUAUAUAAAAGCGUAGUAUUAAUUUUAGAUAUAAGAUUUUGAUACUCUAGCAGAUAAAACUAAUAUCUAUGAUUGUCACUAAAGAAUUUUUUAUAUAUACAAUAAUUCCAAUUUCAAUAUAAAAUCUCAGUAAUCUUCGAAUGUGUGCUCUCAUUAAUUACAUCAAUUAUUAAAACUAGAAACAUUAAUCGAGUCAUUAAUUAAAACUUCUUGUAGACACAUUUUAUUGAUUAACUUUGCAGAUAGAUGCAUUAAUUUUGUGAAUAAAUUUGUUAUGUCGUAAUAUCAUUGACGAAUUUCUCAGUAGAUAGUCAAAUUUUAUAUUUUAAAAAAAUAAAGUGACCACGUAUAGGCGAUAAUAUUAGAAUAAUGAUAAUAAUGAUUGUAUCAUUUAAUUAUAAUUAUACUCUUGGAAUAAUGAUUGUAUUAUGAUACAACUGAUUUAUGUACAAAAAUGCCUUAAUUUAUAUAAUAUCAUUUUAGAUCAUAUAUCAUAUAUACAGCAUUGUAUUUCACAGAUAAUAAGUAUGAACGAAUAAUACAACAUGAUUAUGUAAUA